CACGGUGAUCCCCUUGUCGCCGCGGCCGGCUCCGCCAGCGGCGCUGCGGGCAGCCCGGGCCGCGCCGCCGCCAUGACGGCGACGGGCGCCCUCCUUCCGCCGCCCAGGGGCUGAGCCGGGGGCGCGGCGGCUCGGCCCGGCUGCGCCCCACGGAGCCCGGCGGGCGCGGGAGGCGGGGCCGGGGCCGGGCGGCGCGGCGGGACGAGGUACGGCGGGGCUGAGCUGCGGCGAGGCGAGCGGGCGAGUUGGGACCAUGGCUGUUGACUGGAUUGGUUUUGCAUACGCUUCAUUGCUGGUGCUUGGAGGUCUGAUAGCAUACAAUCGUAAAGGUAGUAAAAUCUCUUUAGCUGCUGGACUCACCUUUGGCUCCGUGGCUGCUUAUGGAGCUUACUGUGUAACAUGUGAUCCAAGAAAUGUGAAGAUAUCAUUGUUUUCAUCUUUUCUUUUGACCAUUAUAAUGGGAAUGAGGUUCAAGAGGUCCAAGAAAUUAAUGCCAGCUGGACUAGUAGCAUGCCUGAGCCUUUUGAUGAUUUUGAGGCUCGUUUUUAUGCUGCUGUAGGAGAAUUUAGAACCAAAUAUGACUGCCAUACCCAUCAAACAGACAUAUUCUCCAUACUUGAAAGACAAGUUUGAACACAAGUCUUAAACUGCAUUUAUAUUUUCUAUAAAAGAUCUGUACCUGUUAUUUGGUUAUUGACAUGUGCUGAUAUUUCAAAAGCUUUUUAAAAAAACUAAAGCAAGGGUUUUGCUGGUAUGUUUUGAUCUACUUUCAUUUAAGCAGUCUGUUAACUCAUGGGAUCUUUUUCUGUAAGUUUAAGCUCUUUUAGGGGUGCAGAGUGCCCCAGGAAAUUGAAUUACUCUGCACUGUAUCUCUGAAAGAAUAUAUAUAAAUACAUGUUUAUGUUAAAAAGGUAUCUUAUAUUGAAGUAUAAUUUUGUAGUUUCUGAGAUUAAAUAAUCAGCUCUAAAUCAAAAAAGUCUUGUGCUUGUACUGUGUUGCACUAGAAAACCAACUUCCUUUCCAAGACACGUUUCCCUGGUUUAAAAUAUAAAAAAUCAGUGUACAAAUAAAAUGUAAAAUAUUUGAAGUUUAUCGGUUUUUUUAAGCAGAUGAGUGAGCCAGUUUGUCAAUGGAAGAGUGUGCUUUUUAUUCAGUAGUGGUUUAAAGCACAUACUGUGCUGUAAAUGACCAGUGACAUGAACCGUGGCUGAGGUUUAUCAUGCUGCACAGAGAGGUUCCAAGCUCUCAGUAUUCUGGAAAUGGUUUGCCAUUCCAGUCUCACACAGAUUAUCUUGCUGAAGUCCCCCCACCCCCCAUAAGUAGAAGAGACCAUUCAGUCAUAAAAACUGUUCAGGGAUUGAAGUUGCUUUGAUUUAUGUACAAAAUAAAUAUUCUUGGGGUUUCAAAGCUUGGCUAAGACUGUCUUCUGGUGUACAGGGAAUAUCAGCAAAAUCAUUAGGAAGCAGUCUGGGUGGGUGCACUCUUGAAGACAAACAAAUUUUGCUGCUUUUCACUUUUUUUCAUAACAAAGGCUGCUUAUGAAGUUAUGUAUCGUGAUACCACCUUUGUGAUGGUCUUAAAUCACAGCCCUUGUUUGUAAGAGAGGAACAGCCCAGUGAAACAAGUGCUGUGCUGGGCAUGGCAAAGCACUGCUUCCAGCCACUGAGGUAAUUUUAAUAUAAACCUGUUUGGAACUCAGCAGUGCCCUAGUUACUGGGGCACUUGUGGUUUGUACCUCUGAGAUGCACGUGGUUCUUCUUAGGCACAAGUCAUGAACUUUGCUGGGCAGCAGUUCCUCCUGUACACUGGCUGACUGUUUGCCUAAGCAGUUGGAAUCCUACUGAGGAGAAACAACUAAGUGCAAAGGAUGGUUUAUAGCAAUGUUCUUAAAAAAACAGUGAUGGUUCCCAUGAAAUUAGGGUAAAGAAUCUGACAUAGUAGUGCAUGCUUUAAGCACUAUUGAGGUAAAACUCACAUUGAAAAGGUAAGCAGCCAGUGCACUUGGCUUUAUAAUUGUGGGAAGUGACUGCAGAAGGCAAAACCUUACAAAAAACCACUUGGGGCAUUUGCCUCAGUGACCAUCCAGCCAAGCUGCAAAAAGAAGAGCAAGGGAAUAGGUGCUUUCAGUGGAUGAAAACUACAGCAGGCUGAUUAAACACAAGGACUUUGAUCUUUCAGUCAAAAAAAUCGCUCCUAAAAGAUUCAUGUGGGGAUUAGAAAAGUUUCUUAUUCUGCCUGUAAACUUAAAAAGAUCAUGAAUUUUAAUUUUUUUAAAGGUUUUAUUUACUUAUUUUUUAAGCUGUGCAAUACAGCAGGGAAACUCAACUUUCUAGACCACCUAGAGAACCAACCCAGAAGAUUUUAUGCCUGAAUUUAAAUGACUUCUCAUUUUUCACAGUCUGGCUCCUCUCUCCUGCAGCUUAUAAAAAGGGGGUUGUGGAUCAUGUGGCUUUUCUACAGUACUCCGGAAGCUACAGUUAAACAUAUGACCCUACCAGGCAUGCACUGGAAUUGAACACACACAAAGUGUCAGCAUAUUUUAUUUCAUGUAACUGCUUUAUAAAGGUCUUCUUUCUGGACUCAACAGGUCCAAAUUAGCAUUUUACUCUUAAUUUAAAAGUGUACUCACAGUGUACUGUUUCAACACUGGCCACAUGAUGCAAGUUACAGAGCACAUCUAUGCAAUUUACACUUACAAGGCAAGCUCUGGUAAUAUACUACAGCUGGGUUAUCUUCAUCAGAUUAGAUAUUGAAUAUUUUCCUCACAACAGCAACAAACUUGUCAUCUGUUGGUGGCUUCCUCUGGCUGCCAGGCUGUAAGAAUUUUUUGAUUGUUGGAAUGUUGCUGAUUCUUCCUUUAAAAGCCUGUAAGAAGCAACAGUAAAGCCAGUGAAAUUAAGGAAAUUAUAAUUCCAUCCUUUAUAUCUUAAAGAUCAGGUGACCUGGAUUUUUACUUGUCAGACAUACUAAAAAGAAAAAGGUAGUAGCUUUUUCUGAUCUGUAAUGCUGGUGCUAUACCUUAGUUUCCCAGAUGUAAAUGGGAGAAAUUAAUAUGAAAGAGUUAAGAUUCAUCUAGUAAAAAGUGGGAAAAAAAAAAUCCACAUCCUGGAUUCCAGUCCUGCAGAUGUAUUUGAAGAGAAAAAAAAGGAGGCAAGGACAGGAAUACCUCACUGCAAAACACUACAGAAGUCAAGACAUACAAAACUUAACUGCUCUUUGUAUAUUUUUUCUGAAAAAUUUAAUUUUGCUGCCAGAAAGACAAGGACAGGAACUUCAGACACACCAGGCCACAGACUUUCCUUCCAGAUGCUGUUGCUGUGUUUGAAGACGUGGAAGUAGCAGUUAAAGGACCAAAUUGAUAGCACUAGUGAGUGAAUUGCUGCCAGCUGAGAACAGCUGGGAAAAGCAGAACUGGAGAAAGGUAAACACUGAACACAGGUUUUUGUAGUCAAACAGACCACAGAAGUGUCAGUACAAUAGCACAAAAGAUGUAAACAUCCAUUAAACUUUUAACAACAGUGAAAUCUGUAACCUUCCAUGUUGACACCAGAUGAUUACUAACCUGUAGCAGAGGAAAUGCAGACAGUACAUCAGGCUUACAUUCUUCUGCCAUUAAAAUGGCUUCCAGCAGAUGGACAUCUGCCCAGCUUAAUUUGUUGCCAACAAGGUAAUCCUGUCCAUGAUCUUUUAAGGCCUAUAAAGUAUGAACGAAUUCUUAAAAAUUCACAUGGUAUGUAACAAUUUUAUUUCAUUGCAGACAGAUUUCUGAAAAAAACACAGCAGAGAAAAACCAUGCAAGAACGUAUGAAUUUAGAAAGUGAAAAAUAUUCUUUAAACAAAAAAAAAUUAAAUCAGAAUUCAUGUUUCAGUGUGUGUGAUCCCAUCUCCAGCCUACUGCACCAGGUAGCUGUAUGCCAAGUCCAGUACCACAAGAAAGACUUAAUCAAACAAAAGAAACAGGACUAAAGUAAUUGGAAGAGGUAGUCAGGCCAGUUUACAUGUAAGCACACCUCAAUUUUUUAAUAAAAAAGUGAAUUUCCAGAUGUUUCAGCAAUAUUUGAGACUGCUGAUUAGUUUGAAAUAAGUCCAGAAUGAAGGAAUACAACCUUCCCACCCUUUAUCCCAUAAGAAAGGACUCCUUCAUGGCAAACUGCUGAUGCAAGAAUCACAGCCUGCCAAAGCUACUAAGAACUAGCAGACAAGUUGGGAUGAAUGCUGCAGCACAGCUUCAGAGCAGCUACCAGCUCUGCAACUACCUUUGUCCUGAAGACUAUCACCCUCCUAUCAGGAGCAAGAGAAGGGCAUGUCUGUGCCUAAAGCACACCAAGGCUACUCUUAAGUAAUAAAUGUGCAUUAAGACAUCAGUCUGUGACUCUGGAAGCCAAAUGCUUCUCCAGACCCAUCUGCCAGUUCUACCAUAGAAGCAGCAAUCACAGGCAGAGUCACAGCUCACACCUUCACAUAAUUGUUUCCUACUCUGCUUGAACAAGGUCCACCACGGCUUGUAUCAGACUGCAUGGAAACUCCCAAACUUAGCACGGAAUCUGACUGCCUGCAGGGUUUUUAUAUUGCCUUUUGCUGCUCCAUCUGACUGCUGAGUGUUUUAAGUGAAGACUCCCAGCUAGGUAUGUUUUCCUGUCCACUUGACGAAUAAGACAUAGACUACAAACCCUGAUAAACUCAAUCAAUAGACAUAUUAAACACCUGGUACAGAAAGAAAAUUAUUAACCAUUUUAACAAAAAUUAACUAGGAUUAAAUAAUGGAAAAGUUCAGUUGUCUCUUUACCAUAAGCAAACAAGGAUUACUUUAAAGACUCUCCUACAUGGAGCAUACAUGCUAAAACAUAUCACAACAGUAGUUAAUGCCACCUAGGGAUAGGCUUAGAGAAUUUUGGUGCAUUCUUUUAUUGUUUAAUAACUUAAAAUACAUAUCAAACUCCUAAUAUUUGAAAGAUUUUUGUGUGUAAUCAAUAUUGCUCAGCACAGCCCCCCAUUGGUAUGGCAGUGGAUAUAUAUGAAUGCUGAUUACAGAAGUGCUGGAUUAUGUCAUUUACACCAUUAUUUCAAAGGACAGCCUCUGUGGAUUUUGUUUGUGCAAUUUAAGGCUCUAAUAAAGUGGGACAUGAAAUUG